AUGCCGCGACCCGCUGGCCGCUGCGGCGGCGAGCCGCUCGCGCCGGGCGACUAUUGGCUGGUGCUCGACAGCGACGCCGAGGAGGCGGGCUUCGACGGCCAGUGGCAGCUGCGCGCGCAGUGCGCCUCGUCGGACGGCGAGCCGCUCACUUCGCCGACGCCCGCCGGCGCGCUCUCCGCGCGCGGCCUGCCGGUAGCCUCUCCGUGCGACUUGCCCGAGGGCGGCGGCUGCACGGCGUGCACCGGCCUCGACCGGUGCGGCUGGUGCGCCGACGCCGACGGGUACGGCGGGGCUUGCGUGGUUGGCGUCGUCGAUGGGCCGCUCCUCGCCGCGUGCGGCGGGGAUCGCGUGUGGCAGCCCUUUGAGGAUAGCUGCGGCGUGCCGCCCAGCCCGAGCCCGUGGCCCGAGGAUCAGGAACCUCCGCCAGGCGCUGCGAUCGUGCUUGGAGCUGCGCCACUUCGUGUGCCGGCCGGGCGCCCGGUGCAGAUGGGGCUGCUCGGCCGCGUCAAGAAGAUCUUCGCCCGGCCCGAAGCUGGUUCAACCACGGCCGUGGAUGUGACACCGGCCGCGUCUUCAGUCGCGGAUGAGAUUGCGAAACUCACAUCCGUCACCAAGGCUGGCGCCACACAGUACCCGACCGCGGCUGACAUUGAGGAGUACUGCCGCGACCCCGAGUCAUCUGGCUGCGACAUUGAGAUGAUCGAGAAGCUUAUGGCCGAGGCCGCCAAGCUCAAGGAGGCCCAGGCCAAGGAGACGGCGGGCUACAACCAGAUCCAGCUCAACUUCAUGAAGCCCAAGCCGCUUCGGUGGAGCCCCGACGAGCAGGCGGUGCCGUCGGCGGAGUGACCCCACACACGGUGGCAGGGGCACGUCAGAGUGCCCCGCUGCAUCUGCGUGACAGGGGCCACGCCCGGUGCCCCGUCGCGCCCUCCGCGGCGCAGCGGCAGGGCAGGUCUCGCCCCCCCCGGGCGUGUGGCGAUAGCCGCAAUGGCCGGCGGCUGUGCUCCGGCCUCUGGCUCUGCCGCUGUACGCGCGACUGUAUUUUUGUGUGGAGAGACGAGACGCAUGAAUUUGGAAGAAAGCAAGUUGUUGUUGCGACAGCGGAUGACAGGGUGAUGGAAGUGGGUCGA